AUGGAUCCUAGUUCCAAAGUUCCACUUUCACAUACUUUGUGGUCGCCUCAUGAUACCGUCAAAGAUGCGGCGGAAUCAUUAGGUAUAAAUUUACCCGAGGAGGCAGCUAAAAACCUCGCUAUGGAUGUUGAAUAUAGAAUACAUGAAAUCCUUGAAACAGCUAUCAAAUUUAUGAGACAUUCGAAAAGAAAGCUUUUAAUGACUAGUGACAUCAACCAUGCCUUAAAGAUAUUGAAUAUCGAGCCAUUGUAUGGAUACGACAACUCUCAGCCAUUAUCGUUUAAAGAAGCUUUAGUAGGAGCUGGAGGCCAAACAUUAUACUAUAUAGACAAUCAUGAAAUUGAGUUUGAGAAAUUGAUUAAUCAGGAACUUCCAAGUGUUCCUAGGCAAACCACAUUUACUGCUCAUUGGCUAGCUAUAGAGGGGGUCCAACCUAUGAUUCCCCAAAAUCCACUUCCGUCAGAAAUCAAGAGUUUACCACCAAUUAUUAGGGGCGCAACGUCAUCAAUAUUAGGUAACGAUAUACUAAACUCGGGCUUCUCUAAUGAAAACUCUGUGAAAGAUGCCCCUAAUGGGGCUGAUGCGGGGGCUAAGAAUAAGAAAUUAACAGAAAAGGAGGUGGAAGUUAAGCCGUUAGUCAAGCAUGUUUUGUCCAAGGAACUUAAGUUAUAUUUCGAUAAGGUAGUCGAAGUCCUUAUAUCGACUGAUCCCGAAAAAGAAAGCUUGAAGUAUGCAGCAAUAAAUUCUUUAAAGAAUGAUCCUGGUUUACAUCAACUUGUUCCUUAUUUCAUACAGUUUGUUGCUGAGCAAAUUACAAAUCAAUUAAGAAAUAUCGAUAUUUUGUCUACAAUGUUAGAAGUUAUUUCUGCACUUGCGGAUAAUAAGACUAUAUUUUUGGAUCCAUACGUACAUGCAUUGAUGCCAUGUAUAUUGACAUUAUUAUUAGCUAAGAGAAUUGGUCCAAUAAUUAAGGAUAAUAGUUCUAAUGAGGUUUUGAAAAAUCAAUUAGCCGUCAGAGAAUUUGCUGCAAUCUUGCUUGAGCAUAUAAUAAAAGUAUACGGCUCGUCAUAUUCAACUCUUAAGCCAAGGGUCACUAGAACUUUAUUACGUGCUUUAUUAGACUCAUCAAAACCUAUUGGAACUCACUACGGGGCAUUGUUAGGAUUAAAAAAUAUGGGUAAUGAAGUUGUAAAAUUAGUUUUGAUUGGAAACUUGAAGAUGUGGUGUAAAUUGGUAGUUGAUGAGGGUGAUAAGAACGACUCUGAGAAGGAAAUAUUAUUAAAUACUACGUUGGAUAUUUUGAGGAAUUUACGUAUUGAUCUCGACAAAGCAGAUGAUAUGGAGGUUGAUGAUACUGGCUUUUCGGAUGAAAUUAAAGAUAAAUUAAAGGAUAGACUCGGUGAUACGCUAGCAGAUUUGGUUCUCAAACAACCUGAUGUGAAGUCGAUUGUAAGGGGUCUCUUUUUCGGGGAAAUUAAUAUUUGA